AUGGAAACAAAGAAUAAGAGAACUAUGUUGGAACGCAUCAGACGUAGCCUUUCCUUUUCGAAUAGUUGUUAUGUGGACCUUAUUGGUUCUUCCGGUGGACUUGCCCUCUGGUGGAUGGAUAGGUUUGUUUUGGAUGUUCGUUCAAAGUCUCCGAAUAUUUUAAGGUGUAUUAUUUCGCCAUUUGCAGGCAGGUGCUGGGCUGCCUCGUUUAUUUACACCCCUCCUUGUAGGCGGGAACUGAGGGCCUUUUGGCAUUAUCUAAGGGGAGUGGCUGCGGAAAUGCAUUACCCAUGGCUCUGUGUGGGUGACUUUAACCAAGUGGGAUCCAUUUUUGAAAAACAAGGAGGACGAGAGUGUCAGGUUUCUCAGCUUUGCAAAUUUCAAGAACUCAUUUCCGAUUGCAAUCUGACGGACUUGGGCUUUCAGGGGAACGCUUUUACUUGGUCUAACCAUCAGAAGAGUGCGGGCAAUGUUCGGGAAAGAUUGGAUAGGGCUCUCGCCACGAUUGAUUGGCAGGACUUAUUUCCGCAAGUUCAAGUUUUUCAUGAAAUUUGUUUCGGUUCGGAUCACUGUCCCCUGAUUAUUAAUUAUUGUGUCCCUUCUGCCCGGGUUCCUAGACAAUUUAAAUUUGAAUCGCUUUGGACCACCAGCCCGGGUUGUGUGGCUAUUAUUCAUUCCGAAUGGGAAAGGGAGCAAGUGGGGUCUCAUAUGUUUCAAUUGGUCCAAAGACUAAAACGUAGUCAACGGAGAUUUUGGGCGUGGAGUUCAAGGGAAUUCGGUAAUGGUAAAAGACGUAUUAACGACCUUCGGGGGCAAAUUGCUCAGGUUCAGAGUCAUCCUUAUUCUUCGGAUGUUGAGGUGCGCUAUAAACAGUUGGCCCAUGAGUUGGAAUUGGUAUUGCAGCGAGAGGAAAUUAAGGGAGAGGAUAUGGAUAGUGCUCUCGAUGUGGUUCAUAAUGUCAUCUCUUCUACAAUGAAUGCCUCGUUGAUUCAAGCUGUUUCGGAUGAGGAAAUCAAAUUAGCGGCCUUUCAACUUGGUUCUUUGAAAGCGCCUGGACCGGAUGGCUACCCUGGGUAUUUCUAUCAUUGGCAUUGGGAUAUUGUGGGGCCAUCCCUUUGUGCGGCGGUGAAGAGCUUCUUUAGGGGGGGCUUCUUGUUGAAGGAGAUGAAUCAUACGAAUUUGGUUCUCAUACCCAAAGUUCCAGCACCAGAAACACUCUCACAGUUUAGGCCAAUUAGCCUUUGCAAUUUCAACAUAAAAGUGAUCACCAAGAUUCUAGCCAACCGGUUGAAGGGUGUUCUUAGUGAAGUGGUCUCACCAAAUUAG